UGUCGCAGUUUACUGGCGUUCACCGUGUCAGGCUCUGCCAGCGUAAACAUACGGAAGAAAUCAAAAACGCCAGCGCCAGUUCCAAUUACAAACCGCGGGAGUGUACUGUUAGCACAGCAAUUGUCGUGUACCAGUUUUCUUCCUUCUGGAGGUGAAAGGUUUGGAUAUUAUGGCCACAAUUCCUUCACAGAUCCGAGGACUUUCGACAGAAGAUGAGAGUGAAUGCAGGAUCCUUAAAGUGAAAGUUAUUGCUGGGAUCGGGUUGGCCAAAAAGGAUAUACUUGGAGCAAGCGAUCCAUAUACAAGACUGUCCCUCUAUGAUCCCAUCAGUGGAGAUAUAGCAAGUGUCCAGACUAAAACAAUUAAAAAGUCAUUGGAUCCAAAAUGGAAUGAAGAAUUCUAUUUAAGAGUGCAUCCCAGCAAGCACCGCCUCCUGCUGGAGGUGUUUGAUGAGAACCGCCUGACACGUGAUGACUUCCUGGGACAGGUGGAUGUUCCCCUCAAUCAGAUACCAACAGAAAAUCCUAAUACACAAAGGCCAUACUCAUUCAAGGAUUUUCUGCUUCACCCCAGAAGCCACAAGUCCAGAGUACGGGGCCAACUCCGACUCAAAAUGACUUAUAUGCCAAAAAACCCAGGUUCCAAUGAAGAAACAACAGAUCCAACUGAUGAUGCAGAUCCUGGAUGGGAAUUGCUAGAACCCCAGGACAUGUCAGGUCCCAUGCACUGCCACCCGUCGCCUCCUCUGCCACCUGGCUGGGAGGAACGUCAGGACAACUUGGGAAGAACCUACUAUGUCCACCAUGAGAGCAGAACCACACAGUGGCGGCGACCAACUUUACAGGACGUGAACAUGGACACUCAAAUACGACAAAACAGCACGAGGCAGAGGCAGCAGAAUUAUCUGACACGCAGACAAAUCUCAGACCCCGAUGAGGCCAAUGCACAAGACGAGGAGCGGGAGGUUUUUCCAGGUAAUGGCUUCAAUUUAUACCAGGGCAACCAGCACACAUCACCACCACACCAGCUGUCCGAUGAGUUGUUGGCGUUCCAAGACGAGCUAAGAAACAUGCAUAUCACAGGGCCCUCAGCUGGCGAACAACACAUCUUUCAAAUAGAUCAUCCUUGUAGUACGAGCCAUUCCAUUCACAGAAGAAGUUUUCACACGACAAGAGGAGUGGAGCAUCCUGUUAAUACUGUGCAGCUUGCAAGCCCUGCGGCGCUGCCUUCAGGUUGGGAGGAAAAGAGGGACAGUAAAGGAAGACGCUACUAUGUUAACCACAAUACCCGAACAACCUCAUGGAUACGACCCACCUUGCAGAGAGCGGAUACGACGCCACCGUCACAGAGUGGUUCUAGUACGCCGUCCUUACCAUCUGUAUCCCCUGAGGUUUCUCCUCAGCACACCCCGAGCCCAGAGGCCACAUCUGAUGCUGGCUCCAUGCCGGCUGGAUGGGAGGUCCGCAGCGCUCCCAAUGGAAGACCCUUUUUCAUUGACCACAAUACAAAGACCACUACCUGGCAAGAUCCACGCCUAAGAAUUCCUGUUCAAUUAAGGAGGAAACCCUCACUGGACCCAUCUGAUCUUGGCCCAUUACCACCUGGUUGGGAGGAGCGUGUCCACACGGAUGGGAGGAUAUUCUACAUAGAUCACAACACCAAGAAUACACAAUGGGACGAUCCUAGAUUACAGAACUCUGCCAUAACUGGACCAGCAGUGCCUUAUUCCAGAGAUUAUAAACAGAAAUAUGACUAUUUCCGCAAGAAGCUGAAGAAACCAGUUGAUGUCCCAAAUCGCUUUGAGCUUAAGGUGAGGCGAAAUGCCGUGUUGGAGGACUCGUAUCGUCAAAUCCUCCUCGUGAAGCGGGCAGAGUUGCUGAAGGCUCGACUGUGGGUGGAGUUUGAGGGGGAAAAGGGUUUGGACUAUGGAGGCUUGGCCCGGGAGUGGUUCUUCCUCAUGUCCAAGGAAAUGUUUAACCCCUACUAUGGACUCUUUGAAUAUUCUGCCACGGACAACUAUACGCUGCAGAUAAACCCUAACUCAGGUUUAUGUAAUGAGGACCACCUAACCUACUUCAAGUGCAUUGGCCGUGUGGCGGGCAUGGCUGUGUUUCAUGGCAAACUGCUUGAUGCUUUCUUCAUCCGACCUUUCUACAAGAUGAUGCUGCAGAAACCUAUCACCCUCCAGGACAUGGAGUCUGUCGAUAGUGAAUAUUUUAAUUCACUGCAGUGGAUUUUGGAGAACGACCCGACUGACCUGGAUUUGAUGUUCACUAUUGACGAGGAGCUCUUUGGACAGACUCACCAGCAUGAGCUGAAACCCAACGGCGCAGAGAUUGUGGUCACUAAUGAAAACAAGAAGGAAUACAUUGACCUCGUGAUACAGUGGCGCUUUGCAAACCGAAUCCAGAAGCAGAUGACUGCCUUCAAGGAUGGAUUCUUUGAGUUGAUCCCCCAAGAUCUGAUCAAGAUCUUUGACGAGAAUGAGCUUGAGCUGCUCAUGUGUGGUCUCGGAGAUGUGGACGUGAACGACUGGAAAGCAAACACCAAGUACAAGAAUGGAUACAACUCCAACCACGUAGUUAUCCACUGGUUUUGGAAAGCCGUACUGCUGAUGGAUGCAGAAAAACGAAUUCGGCUCUUACAGUUUGUGACUGGAACUUCCAGAGUCCCAAUGAACGGUUUUGCUGAACUCUAUGGUUCUAAUGGGCCACAGCUGUUCACCAUUGAGCUGUGGGGAACACGUGACAAACUGCCCCGAGCCCACACAUGCUUUAAUCGCCUGGACCUUCCACCUUAUGAAUCCUUUGAGGAACUGAAGGAGAAACUUCACAUCGCCAUUGAGAACGCACAAGGCUUUGACGGCGUGGAUUAGUGAAUAAACGGAUGAUACCGUCACCAAAGUGGAACCAAGCCAUCUCUUGAUAACAGUGUGAAAUGAAACAUCACAGUAGCGGGUCCCAACCCAGCCAGUUGUGAGACACAUGAAGGACAGACAUUUACAGUAGCCCUCGCUCUGGUGGUCUCUUUGGGCACAUGUAGAGGAAGGAACAACAGCAUUUGGAAGGACGGGUGUUUCAUCCCUACUAGUGUUCUAAAGUUUACAAGUCAUUCUCUUUUCAAUGUUUGAUUCUUAAUGGAAAUCAUAUCUUGUUUAAUACCGUGUGACAAACAUUAAUCAUGAGCUCAGAGUCAUAUUAGGGUCUCAAAGCUGCCCCACUCACUAAUAUUAAGCUUAUAUCUGGCCAAUAAUAUCUAAAUUGUAAACAUUUUUUUCUUCAUACCUUUUAUAUUUAAAUUAAUUAUUUUCAUAUUUGGUUUAUUUAUAUGGGUGCCCUCCGCAUGGCCCUGCAUGAAACCUUCAAUAAUCCGAAAAAGACUUGUGGCUUUGUUCUUUGACUUUACUUUUAAAGGUAACUGUGGACGGCCACAUUAAAUAACAUAAAUAACUUGGGUCCGGGUGACUGAAUCAAGGCCCACCACUUGUAGUAGUAAUCAAACAAAGACAUUUAUAACAUCAACAUUAGUGCUAUGUUGUUAAAAUGUAAUCUGGCAGUGAAGCCUUUUCCUGCUGUCUAAAAUGGAUAACUUAAAACAGCUAAACAGGAAAAAUGAACUUGUGAUUUUUAAGAAGUUUAUACAUGCUUUUACAUGAUUCAUUCCAGUGUACUGUAUUAGACAUUAAUAUAUGCGCCUUAAAAACCAAGCCAAUGUGCCGGUUAUGUGCAAGUAAAGCUAAGUUUAUGGAGUUUAGAAAUGUACCAAUGCCAGGACCAGUUCAAGGCUCAUCUAAUUCUCGUCCAUAUCUGUGUUUUGUGUGCAGAUGCAAAGAGGUGACUAUGUAGUGAGUGUUUGAUGGUGUUUUAACAACGCUAUGCAUCAUUUUAUACAUGUUUCUGUUAUUACAUACACACAAUUAAACUGAUGAAACUUUUAUGACUGUACAUGUCAUACAAUGCUGCAAAUACCUUUUUUUUGCAUUUAUGAGCUGCACUAGCUUGUUCAUUCGCAAUCUUUGCAUGUAUAAGACACAUAAUACUUUUUUUUGUUUGCUGGACAUUAGCUGACGCAACUAUUUUCCGACUGAAUCAUUCGUGUACAUCAUUGUACUCAAGGGUCUAAUAGCACCACACAACUUUAAAACGAUUUUCCUGCGUUGACUCAUCCUGUAUAUACCAUUCUGUAUUAAAAACUCGUUUAUCAUAUCUUGGCAAAAGCAACUUUUUAACCAUGUUUUCUUUUCUGAAUGGCAAAAUGUGUUUACACCGCCUGCCAUGUUUACUAAAGGUUUUUGACAAUGGAGGCUGUUUGUGGGCUGGUUCUCGUCACUGACAACACAGCUUUAAACUUUGGCUUUUUUAUAAAGUGAAGCACUUUGUUCAAAUCAAGUCUUAUCUGAACUGUCUUUGCCAAUCUGUCACCUGCACACUUCUUAAAAUUGUUCUUUUAAGAAAACCAUCCUAUUAUUCAAGUGCACCUGUUAAAAAUGUUUACAUGUGGACAUUGCUUAUACGUAAGCACAUUCUCUUCUUUCACCUCUAUUUUGAUGUACUCUUGAUAUUGUGUUUCAUAAUGAAUAGAUCAACCCUUCAUAUCUGAAGAGUAAUAACGUUUUGUUACUUUAACAUGGAAUUAUGACACCUCUAAGUGCAUUAUAGCAAAAUUGUAUUCUAAAGGUUUAAAGAGUGGAAUGGCAUGUAGUUCAAUAUCAAACGUUUGCUGAUAGCACAGCAAACUGAAUAGAAAUAUAUUUGACAAAUAAAAGAUACAUGAAAACAAUUC